GCGUCACAUAAACUGUCAGGUUUGUGAAUCGGCUCGUACGGUCGGUAGGAAGGAGGAAGUGGAGUGGGUUUGCUGUUGACGAGGAAAAGAAAGUAAACUCCUCCACAUUUCUUUUCUGGAUCAUCGGGGGUGGAGGAGUGGGAGUAGGUCGGGAUGUUUGCCCGGAAAAACAAGCGAGCAGCGCCUAAAGGCCAAGGAGCAGCUGCAGCCAAACAGAUGGGAUUGUUGCUUGAUUUCAAGCCUGAUGAUAUGAUGGGUAUGGAGGAAGAUUUGGAUGAUCCAGCAUUAGAAGCUGAAUUCGCUGCCAUUGUUGGGAAGAAACCCAAUGCGGCUGCCAAGGGGAAAAAGGCUGGCAAAGCUCCAUUACCAAUGGAGGAUAUUGAAAAAAUGGCGGAGGCCUGCAUGAAAGACAUUGAUGAUGAUGACGAUGACAGUCUGGAGGAGGAUGAAGACCUCUUGGCCGAGCUGCAGGAAGUGGUUGAUGAGGAGGAAACGGAAGACUCAGGUGCCGCAACCCCAACCUCCCCUGUUAGUGAGGAAACUCCUUUAGCAGCCCAGGACACUAAGGUUUCUUCAGUUCCUGGGAGCAUUGAGCACACCUUAGAGGAGAGAAUAAACCUGUAUAGGAUGGCUGUUACCAAUGCCAAAUCUACAGGGGAAACCUCUAAAGCUCGGAGAUAUGAGAGAGGCCUCAAGACAUUACAGACUAUGCUGGCAUCAGUGCGAAAAGGGGGGAAGAUAGACGAAACUGAGAUUCCCCCUCCAGUUGCGUGUGGAGCAUCUGAUGGUCCCAGUCGGCCCCCUGCCCCUGCAGUGUCACCUGAUCAGCACGGGGAGAGUGACAGCGCUGUAGAGAUCUCUCCCGUCUCCUCGGAAGCCGCCCCUGUUGUCAUGGAUCCAGCAUUAAACCGUAGAGACGAGUCUUCCGGUGUAACGUCUCCAGCUUCACUGUCAUCUCCAGAAGGGGAACACGCAGGAAGUGCCACUGAAUUGCACUUAGCAGUCUCUACAGUCGGACAGCCCACUAAAGGCGUUCUGCUGGAGCUACAGAAAGAGUACAGGAUGGCAGCUCUCAAGGCCAAACAAGCAGGAGAGAUUGACCAAGCCAAAAUGCAUAUAAAGGCCAGUAAGGGAUUCGAUGCAGCAAUUGAGGCUUUGGAGAAAGGCCAGCCGGUGGAUGUGAGCUCCCUUCCGCCCCCUCUUUCUCAAGCAUCUACUCAAGCCGCACCUCAGACUGCUGUUAAAAUCUCACCUUCAGCUCCUGCAGACAGCGUUUCUGGCUCGGCUCAGCCCAAGACUGUUCUUGAAGCUCUGGAACAGAGGAUGGCCAAGUACAAAGAGGCCUUCACACAAGCGAAGGCCAGCGGGGACGAGCGCAAAGCCCGCAUGCAUGACCGCAUUGCUAAACAAUACCAGGCUGCCAUACGUGCCCAUAAAGCAGGUCGACCUAUCAAUUAUGACGAACUUCCAGCCCCUCCAGGCUUUCCUCCAAUCCCAGGCCAGAAGGCCGCUUCUCCAGACCAGGGAUUGGCUGCUGUCCUGGAAACUGCCAAUAAGCUGACAUCUAAUGAAGCUGAUGAUGGUGAAGAGGAAGAUGAAGAGGAGAAGGUUAAGGCUCCAAAAGCAGUAGACCAGAAGAAGCCCACUCUUGCAGUACAGCCUACAGUACAGGAGCCCAAGAGGACUCCUUCACCUUCCCCAGACAGAACAUCCAAAAGAGGAAGUGUGCCUGACACCGCUCAGCAGCAGCUGGAGUUUCUGGAGGGCCUCAGAAAGCAGUACAUGAAAGCAGCGCUGCAGGCAAAGCAGAAGAAUGAGCUAGAGCAGGCCAAGACACUCCUGCGCACAGCAAAGGGUUUAGACCCCAUGAUAGAAGCCGCACGUAGCGGCAAAACUGUGGAUGUAAGCAAGGUGCCUUCACCACCUGGAGAUGAGGACGAGGACUUUAUUCUAGUCCAUCACAGUGAUGUUCAGAUCUCAGAGAAGGCUGAGGAGGUCUACACUCAACUCACCAAACUACUCCAAGAGCAACAUGAGAAAUGUGUGACAUACUCCAAGCAGUUCACACACAUGGGGAAUGUUGCAGAAACAACCAAAUUUGAGAAGAUGGGUGAACAGUGUAAGAAGAGCCUGGAGAUUCUUAAACUGGCGCAGAACAGGGGGCUUCAGCCUCCUAAACAUCACUUUGAGGAGAGAACAUAUCGCACUGUCAGGAUCUUUCCGGAGCUCAGUAGCACAGACAUGGUUGUGGUCAUUGUUAGAGGGAUGAACCUUCCUGCUCCCUCUGGUGUUGCAACAAAUGACUUGGAUGCCUACGUUAAGUUCGAUUUCCCGUACCCCAGUACAGAUCAACCUCAGAAAUAUAAAACAUCAGUCAUCAAAAAUACCAACAACCCAGAGUACAACCAGAGCUUCAAACUGAACAUCAACCGUAACCACCGUGGCUUCAGGAGAGUUGUACAGUCUAAAGGCCUGAAGCUGGAAGUGCUGCACAAAGGUGGCUUCCUGAGGAGCGACAAGCCGGUAGGAACAGCCCACCUCAAACUGGAGAAACUGGAAGCUGAAAGUGAAGUGAGAGAAAUAGUGGAGCUUAUGGAUGGGCGAAAGGCCACAGGCAGUCGUCUGGAGGUGAAGGUGCGUCUCAGAGAGCCACUGGCUGGGCAGGACCUUCAGACGGUCACAGAACGAUGGGUGGUGUUAGAGGAGCCACAGCUACUGCUGUAACUGACGCUGUGAUCUCAUCUUCACAAAGUCUCAGCGGGUUUAUCAGAGCAGAAGAAGGUAUGGACGGUGAAAGCUCAACAGUGCUGCUAGCCUUGGCUACAAACCAAGCGAUUGAGAUCGCGAGGAACUUUUCUCAAGCCGUUCACAGACAGA